AUGAUGUUCAAGUCUAUUGCCGCUUUGUCGGCCCUCUCCCUCUUUUCAUCAUCCGCUGUUGCUGUUGAUCCCAGCCUGAAAAGUAACGUUGCUGUCUACUACGGACAAGGCUACAACCAGCCUCGUCUCAAGCACUUCUGUGAACAGACCACGUCGGACAUUAUCAACAUCGGGUUUAUCCAUGAGUUCCCCAAACGUGUCGGCGACUACCCCGGUUCCAACUUCGCCAAUCAGUGUGAUGGCUCCUUCUUCGAAGGCACAGGAUUGCUAAGUGGCUGCCACCAGAUCUGGGAGGAUAUCCCAGCCUGCAAGGCUGCUGGCAAGACAGUCCUGUUGUCCCUCGGUGGUGGCUCUGCCACAACCCAGUCUCUCCCCAACGUGGCCACCGCAGAAUGGUUUGCGGAUUUCCUGUGGUACUCCUUCGGUCCUUACGUACCAGCGGUCGCUUCCUUGGAGUGGAACGCUAGUAUGAAGGGCAAGAAAUUCCCUCGCCCACUGCUCACUAACUCAGUUGAUGGAUUCGAUUUCGAUAUUGAGUACAACGGUGGAGUCGGAUAUGCUGCCAUGAUCAACCGUCUGCGCAUCCAUUUCGCUUCCAGCACCCAGCAGAAAUACUACAUCUCCGGUGCUCCCCAGUGCCCCAUUCCAGACAAGCAGCUUGGCGACGCUAUCUCCAAGUCGUCCUUUGAUUUCAUCUGGGUUCAGUGGUACAACACCCAGGGUUGCUCUGCUGCCGACUGGGUCAAUAAGCAGGGCAACUUCAACUUCAACGAUUGGGUCAAGGUCAUUGAGAAGAGUGCCAACCCCAAUGCUAAGCUCUUCAUCGGUCUUCCCGCAUCGCAGGCUGCCGCUAACCCUGGUUUCUACCUGACCCCUGCUCAGGUGAAGCCACUUGUCAAAGCUUUCGGUACUAAUAAGCAUUUCGGUGGUAUCAUGCUCUGGGAGGCCACCGCCGGUGACACCAACCUCAUCGACGGAAAGACAUACACUCAGAAGAUCAAGGAUAUCUUGUACGAUUUCUCUCCUCGUCCUCCUGUCUCGUCUUCGACCACCAAGAGUACGACCACUACCACCAAGACUACCACCAAGACUACUACCACUACCACGACAACCACUGUCCCAACUACCACCAGCACUACCACCACCACCACUACUUCUACUGUCCCAUCGACUACUACCACUACUACCACCACGACUUCCAGCUCGACCACCUCGUCCAGCUCGGCAAUCCCCUCCAGCUCGGCCACCCCCUCUAGCUCAGUCAUCCCGUCUAGCUCGGCUACCCCGUCCCACUCGGGCACCCCAUCAAGCUCGAGCACCACUUCUAGCUCGACCACCACCUCCAGCUCGACCACUACCUCUAGCUCGACAACCACUUCUAGCUCGACCACCUCUUCCAGCCCGGUCGCUUCUAGCAGCUCAGUGAUCCCUGGGGCUUCAUCCUCAUCCAGUCUUAUUCCCCACCCCUCUACCACUGGAAAGCCCACCCACACCUCGCACGGUGGUGGCCAUGGACACCACACCCACACCCACAGCCACCACCACUCCCACAGUGUCUCAAGCUCCAUUCCCGUAAUCCCGGGCUCUUCCAGCACUGCUGUCGUUCCCUCUUCGACUGAGUCUGGCGCUUCUUCCACUACUGGAGGCCCGAAGCCCACCGAUGGUGAGACUACCUCUGGAGGUGCUAAGCCUACUGGCGAUGAGACUACUACUGGGGGUGCUAAGCCUACCGGCGACGAAACUACCACCGGAGGUGCCAAACCUACCGGCGAUGAGACUACCACUGGAGGUGCUAAGCCCACCGGUAGCGAGACCACUACUGGAGGCGUUAAGCCUACCGGCACUGACUCCACCACCGCUGGUAUCACUGCCACUCCCUCCAUUCCUGCGUCUUCUUCCUCUUUGGCUCCGGGUACAACCACAACUAUCAUUACGACCUCGUACAUUGAUAUUUGCCCCACUGGCUUCACCACCAUCACAACCACAAUCACCAAGACGUACUGCCCUGGUGACGCCACUGCCACCGCAGUCCCAACUGGUCCCGCGGAGAUCACCGGCGGCCCUACUUCCGGCCCUACCACCUCCACUGUCUCCAUUCCCGAAGGCUGGACUACCACUGUGACCGUCUGCACCGUGUGCGCUGCUACCCCGACUACCGUGACCCUCACCAAGCCCGCUGUCACUACUACCACUGAGGUUGUGUCGCAGCCUACCGCUCCUACGGUGCCCGAGGGUUAUACCACCACCGUUACUUACUGCCAGCACUGUGGCCCCACCGGUAGCAGCAUCACCCUCGUUAUCCCGGUUCCCUCCGCUACUGCCGGUAUCCCCGGUAGCAGCUCCGCCGUACCAUCUUCCUUCAAGCCCAUCCCCAGCGGAGUCCACCCCGUUAGACCCUCGUCAAGCAUAGCCUACCACCCUGUGCCCAAGGCCACAACCACCACCACCAACACCCCCGCAGGACCUACUAUCAUCCCAGAGGUCCCAGCCUUCAACAGUGCCACGCGGGCCGGCGUGGCCAGCCUCAGCGGCGUCCUCGCCAUCGCUCUUUCCAUGUUCAUGAUGCUGUGA